UCGUGAAUGCGGCUACACUGCACCACGCUUGUUUGCAGACACUGUGCCGUUCUCGGGCAUUGCAGCAAAAUUUUGGGACAUUGGGUGGCGGUGGUGGAGUGGGUGAUGAGCGGUGUAGGCACGCCGUAGUAGGUUCGGGCGAGGGUGAGAGAGAGGGGCACCGUGAUAUGUUCGGCUUGAUCCGAGGCAACCUCUCCAGGCCGACCGACCCAACCAACCCUGGAACAAUCCUUGACUGGACGGACUUGGCCGAAGGAACGAAAGCAUAAAUGGGAGCCAGCCCGUCCUGGAUUCGGAUGCAAGCAGCUUAGAAGGAAGCGAACUUGAUCCCAUCACAACCGUCCUCAUCUCGGCUUCCCGGAUCACCAUGUCAUCGUCGUCGUCCUCGACCAUGAACAAAUACUGGAUUCCGCACCUGGAUAUCCACAAGAAGGUCAUCACCCAGGAGCUUCAGUACUAUCUGGGGCCCGGGGCGACAGUAAGGCCCUUCACCCGCGACGUAGGUGAUCCUUGCUUUCCCGCUUCGAGAUGAACUGGCUGCUGACGGUCCCCAGGGAGAAGACGGUUUUCUGAUAACCACACCAGGGCCUUGUCUGACAGAUGUGAGCCACCGAUAGCGUGAUA